CCACAGCCGCCAACAACAACCGCCCUCUCAGCCUCGCGGGCGGUUUGAACGGACCGGAAGUAGAAGUCGAGCGACUUCCGGCAGCUGGACUUGGAAGAGCAAGGAGUGUUGGGAAUGGCGACCAAGCGGCUCGCGCGGUAUUCAAGGGGGUUCUGGGUCGCGGGCGGGUAGCUCCGGGUCCGGCGCUGGCGUUGGCGGCAGAGCAGAGCACAGCAAGUGGCAUCUGCGGUGACGGCCUCCAUUCCCCGCAGCCCCGGCGUCUGCGACCUGCCCUCUCUGGCACGGUUGGAAAGGCGUCUCCCUGGACCUCGGUCUUCAGCCUUGGGCCACCUUCUACCCUAGGGUGACAGGAGCCCGAGGCCGACGAACCCUGGGGUCUUGACUGUGUGGCCUUGAGCCAGUGCCUGCCCAUUUUAGGCCUUGGGAAACGACUGGAUGUGACAGUGCCCUGCAGACUGGUUGGAGGUCGCAGGCAGGCCACACACUGAAUCCGUCAAGGUGUUCAACCUGUUUGAAAUGCUCGUUCCUCGGUGCUGUAAAGAAAUAGAACUUGAACUUUAAUUUAUUUAGUAAGGCCAUUUUUACUUCCUGCAGAAAGGGUACACUCGCCAGCAGUUUUGCCAGGAGAGUACACGCAACAAAGGAGACAGGGUCAUUUAUAACGUGGCGCGUCCACCCUACUGCUGUGUCCGGUUUCCAUUGGCUGGAACGGGACCUCACAUUCUGUAUUUGUCCCGAUUGAUUAGCAACAUAGAACUUUUUAAAAGAGGCAAAGGCAGAGGAGAACAAAGGAAGAAGGAAGUAACUUGUGGAAUGCUGAGAAAGGGUCUCACUCUGUUGCCCAUGCUGGAGUGCAGUGGCAUGAUCUCGGCUCACUGCAGUCUCCACCUCCCGGGCUCAAGCAAUCCUCCCACCUUAGCCUCCUGAGUAGUUGGGACUACAGGCAGCUUGGAUUAAUUAGGAGAAAGUCAAUUGCUCCAGCAAAUGGAAAUCUAGGAAGAAGCAAAUCCAAGCAGUUGUUUGACUACUUAAUUGUCAUUGAUUUUGAAUCGACAUGCUGGAAUGAUGGGAAGCACCACCAUAGCCAGGAAAUAAUUGAAUUUCCAGCAGUGUUGCUGAACACAUCAACUGGACAGAUUGAAUCUGAGUUCCAGGCUUAUGUUCAACCUCAAGAACAUCCAAUUCUUUCAGAAUUUUGCAUGGAAUUGACAGGCAUAAAGCAGGCUCAAGUUGAUGAAGGAGUCCCUCUGAAGAUUUGCUUAUCUCAGUUCUGUAAAUGGAUUCAUAAGAUUCAGCAACAGAAGAACAUUAUUUUUGCUACUGGGGUUUCAGAGCCUUCUACUUCUGAAGUAAAAUCAUGUGCAUUUGUUACUUGGUCAGACUGGGACUUGGGGGUUUGCCUGGAGUAUGAGUGUAAAAGAAAACAGCUGUUAAAACCUGUGUUUUUAAAUUCUUGGAUUGAUCUCAGAGCAACUUACAAGCUUUUCUAUAGGAGAAAACCAAAAGGACUAAGUGGUGCCUUGCAGGAAGUAGGAAUAGAAUUCUCCGGACGAGAACAUUCUGGGUUGGACGAUUCUCGGAAUACUGCCCUUCUUGCUUGGAAAAUGAUCAGAGAUGGUUGUGUAAUGAAAAUUACAAGGUCGUUGAACAAGGUUCCCACUAAGAAGAAUUCCAGCAUUCUGGCCAGAAAUUUGAAUACAAAUCAAGUUGAAGAAAUGUCUGCCUGUAACAUUUGCAUCCAGGGUCCCAGUAUAUAUAAUAAGGAGCCUAAAAAUACAAUAAAUCCUCAUGAAAAAGUUCAAAUGAAGUCAAUUUGUGCAAAUUCUACUAUAAAGGCACAGCAGGAUCAAUUACAAGUAAAAAACAAUAUAAAAGCAAGUCUUCACAAUGUCAAAAGUUCCUUAUCUCUUUUUAAUACUAAGUCCUCUACUUCUGUGGGGCAGUUGCAGUCUCCUACCUUGAAUUCACCUAUCUAUAUGCAAAAGCAAGGAAAAAAUGAACAUCUUGCAUUUAAUACCAAAUCUAAGGCUUCAACAGUUGGUUCAGAAUUGGUACUUGUUUCUACCACCAUUCCAACUGUUCAUCAUGUUUCUGAUUUGGAAAUGAGCUCUACUCUGGACUGUUUACCUGUGUUGGCUGAUUGGGAGGAUGUGGUUUUACUGCCAGCAUCUCAGCCUGAGGAAAACGUAGACUGUACAGUUCCCAUUAGUGACUCAGAGAUUUCAUUUAAUUCUGGAGAAAGAUUAAUGGUUUUGAAAGAAUUGGAAAUGCCAAGUCAUGAAAACUUUGGAGACAUAGAGGAAACUCCUCAAAAAUCUGAGACUUCUAAGUCUAUUGUGUACAAGAGUCCUCACACUACCAUUUAUAAUGUAAAAGAAGCCAAAGAUCCAGGUUCAAAUAUUUCUGCCUUUAAGUUACCUGAACACAAAUCAAGUACCUUCAACAGAGUUAAUGCCAAUAUGUCUCAUCCUUUAGUUUUGGGGAAACAUCCUCUUCUUUCAGGUGGUACCAAAAGGAAUCCAUGCAGUCCCCAAGCUUUCCCACCAGCAAAAAAACAACCCUUCACUAUUCAUGAAGAAAAGUCUACAUCAUCUGAUUGCUCCCCAGUAAGAAGUUCUUCCUGGAAGCGUCUCCCAUCUAUAUUAACUUCUACAGUUAACCUACAAGAGCCUUGGAAGAGUAGGAAAAUGACACCUCCAUUAUGCAAGUGUGGUCGGAGAUCUAAGAGACUUGUUGUUUCUAAUAAUGGACCAAACCACGGAAAAGUCUUCUAUUGUUGCCCUAUUGGGAAAUACCAAGAAAACAGAAAAUGUUGUGGUUAUUUCAAAUGGGAACAAACACUUCAAAAGGAAAGAGCCAACAGCAUGGUUCCAUCUCAUUCCACAGGGGGACUCACUUUUAAUUCUCCAGAAACAAGCCAUAUUUGUGACAGAAAUUUAAGUAUUUCCACCAAAAAUUCUUUGAGACUCAGGCCUUCAAUGAGGAAUUGAUAACCUUUCAUGUAUGAAUCCUAAUUGUUCCUUGAAUUUCCAAACAUGAGUAUUCUGAUAACAUCUUACACUACUUUAUUUUUAUUUUAUAUAUUAAUGUUUACUGAAUUUACCAUACUUUCUUCAGGAACCACAAAUGUAAUCUUUUGUAAACAAUAUUUAUUAGAUUACAUAUAAUAAGCAACAAUAGUAUAUGAUCCUUCUUUUAUAGUUAGACCUUGAAACAAGUCUUAAACUUUUUUUUUUUUUUUUUUGAGACAGAGUCUUGCUCUGUCGCCCAGGCUGGAGUGCAGUGGCGCAAUCUCAGCUCACUGCAAGCUCCGCCUCCCAGGUUCACGCUAUUCUCCUGCCUCAGCCUCUCCGAGUAGCUGGGACUACAGGCGCCCACCACCACGCCCGGCUAAUUUUUUUGUAUUUUUAGUAGAGACGGGGUUUCACCGUGGUCUCGAUCUCCUGACCUCGUGAUCUGCCCGCCUCGGCCUCCCAAAGUGCUGGGAUUACAAGCGUGAGCCACCGCGCCCGGCCGACUAUUUUUAAAUUAUUUGCAAAAAUGUGACUAAUAAAAAUCCCUAGUCUAUUUUCAGGUAGAUUCUUGUACUUUGAGAAUUAUCAUAAUCUUCUAAGUGAUAUUUUAUAUUUUUCUAAAAACUUUUAUAAGUUCUUUAGUUUUAUUUCAUGGCUUGAAUAUUGGUUCUGAUUUGUAUAUCAACAUAUCAGAAGAAUUAGUCAACUAAAGUUUGAAAACCUAUGUAGCAGAGAUCUGGUUCAGAAACUGCUUCUAUACUAUACAUUUAAAAAUUAAUCAGCAAUUGAUGGUAUUUUUAUAUUAAGAAAUGAUAGGAAGAUUGACACUAAUGAGGAGGAAUUUGCCAAAUAUUUUAUUUCAAAAUUUAGCCUCUGAUAUCAUAACCACAAGAUAUUUUAAAUCAACAGUUUCUAAGCAUACUACCACAGUUUUUAUCACCUCUCCAUCAUCUUGUGGUUUCUACAGAUUGACAGAUACUAUGUUUGUUUUAUAGAUAUGGUAAUUAAUGAAACAACUUUAAAUUGUCUUCCAUUCUUUCUUCCUCAGUUCAUUUCUUUUUGUCUUCCCACUGAUAGUCUUUGGCAGCUCUUGAAUAAAUUCUACCUGUUGGCAUCAAGGGGAAGAAAAUUAGCCUGGAAAUUUUUAUCUUUACAUAAAGCCAAUUAUACAGCAGUUUGAUUAUGAAUUCUAGGUGGAAGAAUUAGAAUAGUCUUUGGAAUGGGUUUUGGGUAACAACCAAAAUAGGGAAAAGGGUAUUGUUAGGAAACUUGUCUUGAUAUUAAGUAUUUACUGUGAGUCCAGUAAGCCAAAGGACCAAACAAAAUAGGUUCAGGGUUUCAUUUUAAUUUUAAAGAUUCUGAUUCUUAACCAUAUGUCAUCAGUUCAGUUUGGGACAUGUGGUAUAGCAUGUGUGAAGAAAAUAUUCAUUAAAAUGUAAAAAUAAACAGUUGAAAUUGUCCAUAACACUGAGCAAAUAUUCAUUAUAAUUACAAUGCCUACCUUUCUGGGAUAUUUGUAAGGUGCUGUAGUUUUUUUAACAUGCUCCUGAAUCUCCUUUAUUAGUUGUUCUUGAUCAUGUGACUUGUAAUCAGGAUUUAAAACGACAAAAGCCUUUACUACCUAAAAUAAAUAUUUGAAACACCAGGAAAA